GCGACCUUUGACCCAACGGCUAUUUCUCCAACUGCCACAUCGACUAGAACAAUGGAAUCAUUUCCAAUGGGACUUUUGCUCGGUGGUGUCGAAAGGACCGCGGACAGUAGUCGUGGGACCGCUUCGUCCUACCCCAUUGAUUUGCUGUCCCGGAAACCCGCGCUACCUGUAUGUAUCUGUUCUGUUGGCGAUGGUUGCAAUGACGGGUAAGUACAACAGAAUCUCCAAACACUGACAACUUCUAUUUGUGGUAGAAAGCCAUCAUAUAUCUAGACAUGGGCUGCCAACAGCGUCAUUGUCCAAAUACGCCAAUGGAUGGAUUCGAGAACAUUUGCCGCAUUGACGAUGUCGUCACUUGCCGAACCGUUGGGAUGGUUGUCGUUGCCGUGUUGGUCAUGGCCAUCGUGGUCAUGGCUGUUAUGGCCUUCAAUGUGCUCGGUCUUUUGAGGGCUGUCCCAUGCAUCGUUGACCCACUCAACGAGUUCGAAGAGAUCGGGCGCUCGCAGCUUGAAGGGGCAUCAUCCAAGCCACAUCCGCAGGCCACGAAGUCAUUAGUGAAGUGUGCACAGAAAUCUUUCCAGAGCCAGAGGACUUUCUUGACGUUUUGGCCUUGCCGGUGUCCGAAGUGGUACGUCAAGAACGCAAUUCAAAUCGUACUCUUCCACCAUGCCGUAAGGUUGCCAAAAAUGCGGGGAAGGGUGCCGCUCAUGCAGUUAUUCGAUGUCUUGCAACACUUGUCGUCCAAAGCCAUUUCGAUGGGUAAGAAUGUAUUGGACGGCUUCUUUAAUCUUGGACUCCUGCGACUUUAGGACAACAAACAGAGGGUACUUUGUGCCCUUUGAGUCUGCAAGAACCAUUGCGGUCAUGCGAUCUUUUUCGUGACCAGCGCAUUUAAUCCAAAGGGUCUUGGAGCCCUUGCAGUUGAUUGUUUCAUUGGGCCAUUGCGAGGGUUGUUUUUCACACGAGGUCUGCCUGUUGCAAGACGGUGAGAUGCUGGUCGCGCAGGCCCCAUGACAAGCUUUCGCGCCUUUGCAGAAGUUCAAAACGUUUUCUAAAAUCUGAUAUAUACUUCUUUAGAGAGUUAUGUAUGGAUAACUUGUCGAAUAUGACAAUUCUAUCCGACA